CUAACACAUACAAAGUAUGUAACCUUCUGAAAAGUUUUGAUUAUUUCGAAUUCAAUCAGAGAAAGUAAUUAUUCGCCCAGUGGAGAAAGUGUUACAGGUUUUUUCGAAUUUUCACAGUAAUCCGUGAGUCAACACAGCUACGAGUGACAUAAACAUGGAAAAUCAUAAAGAGUUCGUUGAUUUAAUUACCAAACUCGGAGUUGGUACGAGGCCGGUCAAUGAUCCGUUUUUUAACGAGACGCACGAUAAGUGCAAAGUUUUUGCGAGAAAAGGAGUCGUGGCCGAGGACAACGAAGAAUUUUUGCACAAAGUCGUGAGAACGUUCCCUUGCAAUGUGUGUUCGAAGGAGUUUAAAAAUCUAUUGGAUUUCGAGUUACAUUAUAGCGAGCUUCAUCACUACAAGUGUAGCACGUGCAACAAAAGCAGACCAUCGAGUCAUCUACUGGACUUGCAUAUUCAAGAAAAUCACGACAGUUUCUUUCAAGUUCAAGCUGAAAAAAAACCAAUGUAUAGAUGUUACUUAUCCGAAUGCAAAGAUGUAUUUUUCACUCCUGCCCUGCGCAAAGAUCAUUGCAGAAACGAUCAUCAAUUUCCCGCCACAUACAGAUUCGAAGAAUUCGAUCACAAGGAGAAAAAACCGGAUGCCGAUAAAGCGGCGAAGAAAAAGGAUAAGUCCGACUCGAAGCAUCAAAGCAAGAAAAGCGAGGGUCAUAGUCAUAAGCCGGGACCAAUCGUAACGAACAAAUCUCGCACUUUUUCGAAUAGAAAUUUUUCGGUGCAACCUAUAGGUCAACCCGACGAUAGUUCACCGAUCAAGAAUGAAGAACCCAAGAAACCGUUCACGGGAUUCAUUCCGAGAUCCGUGCAGCAAAAUAUGUACGCUAAGAAGUUAACGAACAAUAAAGAAGGAACGAAAGAUGUUUUGGAGUCGGAGAGUCUCAUGGAUUUGGCUGAAACCUUACCCAGUAUUCAAGACGAAAAGGAAAAGGAACCCGAGGCUCGCAUGGAAGAAUAAAACCAAAUCCUUCGGCUUUCGUUUGAGAGGAGUAGAAAAAAAAU